UUACUAUCUUUCUCCAGACUCUCAUCGACCUGACCAGAAAAAAAAUACUUACAACUAUAUAUGUUCUGAACCAACAACACAAACUGAGCACAUCGGUGACAUCCUGGUCUUUAUCUAAGACAUGAGGGAAACGACAAGAAAGACAUACAAGCUACGAAGGACAGGCAACAAAGAUGCCAUAUUCCUGAUGCUCUUAUUUCUCGUAUCUCCAUGCUCAUGCAAGGGUGAUGCCAACUCCACCUUCCAUGAUCUUGACAUGUUGGACGAAUUAUUAAAGAACUAUGAUAGGCGGGCUCUUCCGACGAGUCAUUUAGGCAGACCAACUGUGGUGUCUUGUGAGAUCUACAUCAGGAGUUUCGGUUCCAUCAACCCAGAAACUAUGGACUUCGAGGUUGAUCUAUAUCUCCGACAAAAGUGGCUGGAUGAAAGAUUGCGUAAACCAAAUCUCUCGAAGCCCUUAGAUCUCAACGAUCCAAAGCUGGUAAAGCGGAUAUGGAAACCUGAGGUGUUUUUUGCUAACGCAAAAGUUGCAGAAUUUCAAUAUGUUACCGUUCCUAAUGUUCUGGUUCGUAUCAACCCCUCGGGAGAGAUUCUAUACAUGCUAAGGUUGAAGCUGACGUUCUCGUGUAUGAUGGAUCUCUAUCGAUAUCCACUGGAUUCUCAAGUUUGUACUAUAGAACUAGCAUCUUUCUCCAAGACAACCAAGGAACUAAACUUGACUUGGUCCACGAAGAAUCCUCUUAACCUCUAUGAAAAUCUCAAGCUACCCCAGUUUGUAACGAAAUUUGUUUUAUAAUAUUUCAGUCUCCAAGACAACCAAGGAGCUAAACUUGACUUGGUCCACGAAGAAUCCUCUUAACCUCUAUGAAAAUCUUAAAUUGACCCA